ACCGACGUCACAUACGCGUUCAUUAAUAACCAAAUAAUAAAUAAGCGCCAUCGUCUCAGCGAAACCUGCGAAGCUUUCGGUGCUGAACAAAGAAACAGGGAGGACACGCGGAACACGGGAGCGACGCUUCCACACCGAUGCGCACUCCUGCGGAGACUUGUUGAGAGGAUGCAGGAGCUGCGGGUGGAGGUGGAUCAGUGAGGUGGAUGCUCAGCAGCGGACCCACCAUCACAUCCAUCCCCCCCACAGCAGAUAAGUGAGUCAACAUGGCCGCGGAGCUGCUCCAUCUGUAGCUCAUCUGAGACACGGAACACAACAACACGCAGAUGGCGUUCAUGUCCCGGUUCUCUCGGUCCCGGAGCAGCUCCAGGUCUCCGAACCGAAAAGACCCGGAGCGCGUCCCCCCGAACCUGAGCGUGUCUGAGCUGGAGCGGCUGCUGUACACGGGCAAGACGGCCUGUAACCACGCGGACGAAGUGUGGCCACGACUCUACAUCGGAGACCAAGAUAUCGCAUCAGAUCGGCGUGAGCUGGCUAAGCUCGGCAUCACACACAUCCUCAACUGUGCCCAGAGUAAGUGGCGUGGCGGAGCCGAGUAUUACGCCGGGAUGAACAUCACCUAUCACGGCAUCGAGGCCCACGACUCCCCCACCUUCGACAUGACCGUCAACUUCUAUCCGGCGGCAGAGUUCAUCCACAAAGCCCUGACCAGUGGAGGUAAGGUGCUGGUCCACUGCACUGUGGGAGUAAGCCGCUCAGCCACUCUGGUGCUGGCCUACCUGAUGAUCAGACAGAACCUGACCCUGGUGGAGGCCAUCAAAACAGUGAAGGACCACCGUGGCGUCAUCCCCAACCGAGGCUUCCUGCGCCAGCUCAACGGCCUCGACGGCAUCCUGAGAGACAGCCGCAAGACGUCGCCGCAGAGCUGAAAACCACUUGAAAAAAGGUGUGAUCGUAGGUAGCAGCACGCCUGGUUACACUGAGGGAGAUAAUGGGACCAAGUCAGGAGCAGCCUGUGGGUUCCUUACACCGUGGCUCUGGGAGGCAGCAGGUGAUCUGAGAAUUUAUCUGAUAUUAGUAGCGUCAGACUCAUUCAUUAUUAUUACUGUUCAAUGUUGACUCAAACCACACGAGCACUGGAUAGUUAGUGUCGAGUCAAGUCCAUGAUCUGUAUGAUGCCAAACAGCACCAUUACCCCAAUGAAAAAUGUAUUAAAAUUAAGUCUAGUCAGUGUUGUUGAUCAGAAGUCCUUACAACACAUGACAACCAGCCCUGGCCUCAAUGCAUGGUCACACCAAAACAGCAGAAUUUCACAGCAAAUCUAAAUGUGAGUUUUUAAAAUGUUUUGUCCACAAGAAAGCCAUUUUUGCAGAGCUGUUGAAGGAACGUAGAUCCGGAGAGUCCAAAAUGGAGGCAGCUACUGCAGCUUACAAGCAGCGUAAACAUAUUUUCGGGAAUUCAGCUGUUAUGCGUUCUUAUGUGACCAUGCCGAGACUCCAGAGCUGCAUAAAGAAAACUACAUUCGUUUUUAAGGGGAAGAAAUCUCAGAAGAGCAACACGGCAGGACUCAUUCUUCUGGGACAGAUAUAUGAAAUCAUACAAAGAGGACAGGAACUAUCACAAGAUAAAUCUGAACGGUCACAUGAUCUUUUAUAAACUGAUUUAAAAUCUUCAGAAUCUUUAAAAGCCUCUAAAAGCUAUUAAAAAAUGACCAGGGCAAUCCAGCCACGAUUUCUGUGCACUUUCAAAGUAAGAGGCGCCCCAAAAUGAUCAAUAAAAUGAGAUAAUAAUAGACCACCGAUACUCUCUAAAGAGCGUCUCAAAGACACAUCAAACCUGUGAUGAGCAGUCCCAGUCAAGUUGGCAAGAAUUUGUCCAUGAGGGGUUAUAAAAGAAAAAGGUUUGAAAUCAUGUACGAAUGUACAGUCCACUCCCUCUACUUUCUAAUCAAACUUCAGACCAUUCCACUGAAACUUAUUAAGACAUGAAGCCUGAUUGUAUUUUGCCACUGUAACAUUCUGCAGGAAAACGUCCUGCAUUUCUUUCUUGAUAAUAGCUUUCAAAAAGUCUAUGAUCAACAAUACAUUUUCUAUUAAUAAACAAAUCAAUCAAUCAAAUAAUUGAGGGUUUUUAUCAGCCAGUCUGGAUCUUCUGUAUAGUGCUUUAAGGAUUGAGGUGGCUCAGGGUUGGGAUUCGGGGGGGCCCCUGCUUGUUUUUAUGUGGAGCCCUAAAAUAACCACACUUGGCCUUGGCCAAGCAUGGGCUCCAAUGUCUUUUAUAAUCAAUGCAGAGGUAAAACCUGUGAUAUCUUUACAUUCAGCAAGUGUCAUUAAGUAGCCCUGAACAACUCACACUCUGCUCGUAGCCCAAGUCCGAAAGCAGCACUGCUUUGUAGCCUAUUGAUUAUAGUAUUACAGUGUUGUCACUAUCUGUGGGAACUGCCCACAUGCCCACCAAAUGGGUUUAAAAUCACAUCAGCUCCCCUAAAAUGAAUCCAGUCCAAAUGGGGCUUUAGACCCAAUAUCGCAUUCUUGUAUCACUUCAACUUUACACUGAGUCUCAGCUGCCAAGAGUCGUACUCUAAGUGUGUUUAAUAUGCCAGCAUCUGAGGUAUUUAGAAUAGACUGUGGUAUUGUGCACAGGGAGACAAUACCACAAAUGUGCCAUUGUAAAAGCUACCAACUGCCUGGAUAACAGGAGAGUGCACAGCCCUCAGUGCUGAAUUACAAAGUCGGCUAUUAUGUCCUGGUGGUAAUUGAGGGUAAUUGUGUUCUCAUGCUAGCGAAAAACAAUAGAUGAACCAAUGCUGAAAUUUAAACCAGCUUUUCAAAUAAUCUUGUGCGUGUUAUUAAUGAUUACCUCAAGUGUCAUGUUUGAAACAUAUUGUUGUGACUUGUGGUCUUUGUCCAUGCUGUUUCAACAUCACCACCUGGGAGAAGGGAUGAACAACUUUGCUCAAAUGCAGAAAAAAAUUACAUAAAUUAUAAUGUGGAUUUAUACAGACAGUACAAAUGGAGAUUUAAACGUAUACUUGAAUUCAGAGUUAGCAACACCACUCUUAAGUCUGUGUUACAUAAAGAAUAAGAGCGGGAAUUAGCCUCGCUUAGCAUAAAGACUGGAAGCAUGUGUAAAUGGUCUGGCUCUGUCCAAAAUUCUAAAAUCCAUUCCUUUUCAAAUAAGCCAACGCUGAAGUAAUAAUCAAAAAGAAUGGGUUCUUGAGUUUACCAACCAAAACCAAAGCAGCUGUAAUUAUUUUGUAUUGUUAGCUGAAAUUACUAUUUAACAAGGUGUAGCAGACUAAUUAAUUCUAACUUGGUGAGUUGGUGGAAAACUGUCUACACUGAACUUUUUGAUGUGUCUAAAUGCCUUGUUUUUAAGAAAAAAAUCUCAAAAUAAAAUACCGACAUAUGGUUCAGUGGGUAGAACGUGGCGACAUCUAGUGGUGAAGCUGCAUGUUGCAGCUGAAUACUCCUCACCUAAGCCUAGCAGAUUAGUUGUUAUUUAUUUUACUGUGCUAUGACUGCACUGUGCAAUCACUGUUCAUAGCUAGGCUAGAUCGUUGUGCCUGCUUCCAGGUCUAUAUACUAAGGUAUGUUAAGCUAAUUGAUCCUGGUAUUUAUUUAUAUUCAACUUGAUCGCAUCAGCUCGAUCUCGGGCAAGAAGGCAGAUUUCCCAUUGGUUUUGCAUUAUGUCAUUGGAAAGCUAAUUUGAGCAGCAAACCAUCCAGACAUGGAUAGUGUUAGCAUUGUGUGUUAAAUGCAAACCAAUCUGAAUUAUAGCUGGCUACCAAGUUGACCCAAAGGAUCAGAAACCCUAACACCUCGGAUGUUAGAUCACAGGUAUAGCCUGAGAUCCUUGAUAUUUCCAAUUGAAACAUGUUAGAACUGUUACAACACAAAGGAAACCCUUUUUGGACGGGGCCUCUUUACAAAUCACCAUAUUAACCUUUUUCUGUAUUAGAUCUGUGUGUUUUGUAUUUGUGGUUUUACUGUGCUGUUAUUGGUUGUUCUUUAGUCUCAAUUCCGGUUUAUAUUAAUACAUUUUUUUCUUACAGUGACCUUUCUAUAGGGAAUCUUGAAUAUCACUCUCUUUGAAGGACAAAGUGGCAAAGGAGAUGUUGAUGCCUUAACAUGUGUACUUCAAGUUGUUUUUUAGACCUGUGUUUUUACUGUGAAGAACACUGAGCAUUGAUACUUUGUUUUGAUAAAUUCAGUACCAAGUCAAAAAUUAAAGAAAAACCUUCUCAUUGA